CGCCACCGGCAAGGACAAAACCCUGCUCCCGAUCGAGGAAGUCACGAUGCCUUCCGACGACGUCAGCGACUUGAGAGACGUCGUCGACGCCAUCAACAAACUCUGCGACACGAUGAAGACUUCCAGCUACGACGAGGACACUUUCGAGAGCUGCUCCCGAUCGGGCAGCGUCGAUUUAGUCGACGCGCUCGUGACUGAGGAGACGAUCCCCGAAGAGACUGUUUUGGAAGAAGUCGAAAGCGACCCCGAUUGGUACGUAGCGUGCCAGGUGGAAAUGGCGGAUCCGAGCGACGUAAUAUUUAAGAAGGUGGAGCAUUACAAUACGGAGACGUGGCGACAAUCCGUCUCUAGGCUAGAGGUGGCGUCUCCAGAGGAUGUAGUCGUGAGCACCGCCGAGACGUAUGUGGCGGAAACGUGGAGAGAUCUGCAAGCGGAAGUUCAGAAAACCGAGCAGGAUAGAUGGAGCGAGUCUUCGAGGGUGGAAAGUUCAGAAUCGGAGCAGAAACCGCACGAUAGACUGAGUGAGAAAUCGACUAGAGAAACGGUAAUUCCAGAGGAAAUAUUGCAGAAAGCCAAACCAGAGACGCAAGAUAGAUGGAGUGAUCCUUCCUCUAGAGAAAUAGUGAGUCCAGAAUUCGUGCAAAGAGCGAAAGUAGAGACGCAAGAUAGAUGGAGUGAUCCUUCAUCUAGGUCAGAAAUAGUGAGUCCGGAGAUAGUGCAGAAACACGAGGGUUCAGUAGAGAGAUGGAGUGAUUCUUCCAUGUCCUUGCCGGGGCAGAUAGAAGAGGAGACGGUGACGUCUGACGAGCGACAAGCUCAUGAAAGCGAGAUGUACUACACAGCUUCGUCUGAAGUCUCCUUGCUCUCCGAUUUGGAGGGAGCUGAUAAAGUACAAGAAGAGCCAGUAGAGAAGGAAGAUGAUAGGAAAGAGUGCGUGAUAGCGGGGCACGUGGCCGCGAUGCGGGAGCGUUUUGAGAGUAUGACGCGCACGAACACGCCGUGCCCGGACCUCAUGCGUUCCGCGUCGCCCGCGCUAGACGCCUUUAGAAACAUUACGCCUUCCCCUGAUCGUUUAGGAUAAAAGGUAGACUACUGGGGA